CGUUCUGCGCAGCUUACUGCGCAUGUUUCUCACAACAUAGCAUGAGCGCAUGUUAGUGCAGCCUUUCCUUUCUGAGUGUUACUUACAUUUUAGUUUACGCUCAUCAAAAAUGCCACCGAAGGGAAAAGGUGGCAAAGGUGGUAAAGGAGCUGCCUCAGGAGGUGCAGACGCUGACAAGAAAGAAAAAGCCCCAAAGGGAGGGACUUCUGUGAAGGUUCGGCAUAUCCUCUGUGAAAAACAUGGGAAAUGCAUGGAGGCAAUGGAGAAACUGAAGUCUGGCGUUCGUUUCAGUGAAGUAGCAACACAAUACAGUGAAGACAAAGCCAGACAAGGAGGUGACCUGGGCUGGAUGACACGAGGAUCGAUGGUUGGACCGUUCCAGGAGGCGGCUUUUGCGCUACCUGUCAGUUCUAUGGAUAAACCUGUCUACACAGACCCUCCUGUCAAGACAAAAUUCGGUUACCACAUCAUUAUGGUAGAGGGGAAAAAGUAACGGGGCAGCUCAGCACGUGAAAUUAGGACAUAGACAUUUUUCAGUGGGCUAUGUUGUGAAGCUUCUGAUUUCCAGAUGAUAUUUUGCAAAAUGUUGAAGAACAAGAAAAUGAAAUGAUAUGUGAUUAUGAUUGUUGUGACAGAUAUUGCAAUUUAAUUUGCAAUAUAAUUUCCUAAAGUCAAGCUUCAGUUCAAUAUUGACUCUGUAAGAAGAUAUUGAAUGGAGCAUUGCCACAUGAAAUGUCAUCAGCAGUCUGACUCACUGUCGAAUUUCCCCAUUUGGACAAUAGCACUAUAUCUGUCUGAACACGAGGAGGACAGCAAGAUUAGAUAACACCACUGGCGUGACAGUGUAAACCCGGGGCCACACAAGUUGCAGAAUUUUAUUUUGAAAUUUUAGCCCAAUUGUAUUGUUUCAAAUCACAAUUUCAAAUGUUCAGCCCAACUAUCAGGUCCUUCGUUGUAACAUGUACACGAACGUACUGACAGUUUAACCAGCGGGAAUGUUCUUUAAAGAUGAACUUUUGCUUUCACUGUAUUUUCGUGUUCAGUUUAAUGAAGAUUGUGGAAAUCAAACCAUUAAAUGAUCAAAUAAAUACAUGUUCAGUCAUGUAGUGGAAGGUUGUUCUGUGUGUCUGAGAGAAAAAGACUGUGGAAGACGUUAACCACAAAAAACGACUGAGAGAAAGAUCCUGCAGUUACACUGAUGUUUUUUAAAAUUCAGAAAUAUAGCCCAUAAUUCUGAAGAUCAAAUGGAAACUCUUCAGAGGGUGUUAAUGUCAAUUAAGUGUUGCUGUUAGUCUACUUUAAGAUAAGGGGCAUUUAUCUCUUCACAGGGACAAACUGCAAACUAAUAACUACUGAAAUUACAGUGAUUGUGUUGAUUAAUUUCAUGUCAGAAAAUAGUGAAAAAAAUCACAAUCAUCAUCAGGUUACAAUGCACAAAAUAAAGUCAAAGUUUCGCUAUUGAGGAUGUGACUGGUAAAACUUCAUUUUAUUAAGUAUAGGAUUAACUAAUCAUUUAGCACAGUGGAAUAAUACAGAAACUGGGUGUUCUAUAUUAUUAUUGAUUCAGAAUGAAUAAUGUCUAGAAGAUGAACCUGGAAUCAAAAUGCAGGUAACAAUGAGACGUUUCAUGUGCUACAACAAUUUCUAUUGAUCUGGGUCAUUAUUAUUAAAGUGGUGCAAGUUUGCUGUUGAAGCUACGACAUCCCAUGAUAUUGAUGCUCAAAGCUGGCUGUCGAAGGAAAUAAAAAGUGCUGCACAAA